GGACUCUGGUGCCACCCUUCAUAUAUUUUUUCCCCUUCCCCUUCCCCCUCCCCCUUCCCCCCUUCCAUCGAUUAUAUCACGAUCCAAAAAUAUCUAUAUUUAGUAUCCCAUCGCGAUAUACUCUAUCAGUCCUAUCAGUUGUGCUGCGAACGGAAUCUCGAGAAAUUUUCAAGAAGAGUAGCCGCACCUCAUACUCGGGGAUUUGUUUGAAAAGGCUUGCUUCUCCUGUGUCUAUAUCAUUGACCCAGCUCCUCCCCUCUUCAAGAGACAUUCCUUUCGCUCGAACACAUCCAGCUUGUCCAGCUUUUGCCUUUACACAGCUGUCUUUUCUUCACGGGCUGUAUCACUAUUUGCGUGCGGGUGUUUCGAGUUUUCGCGCUGCGUCGAUUGCCUGGAGCAAAAGCAAAAAAGUUACAGUCAAAUCAUAUCAAAUCAUAUCAAAUCACAUCGCAUCAACUUGUCAACGCAUCUCUUUUCACAUACACACGUCUUGCCAAAGGGACAAACUCGGUCGCAACCUUAUUGACGGCCCCCUUCAUCCGCUCGACAUCUACUUUUUGGUCACUGUUUUAUAUAACGACAUUCAACCACCGCAAUCAAAGUUGCAUCCAAACUACCAUCCCACGUCAGACAUACUGCUCCGCCGCUAUUCAAACAAUCGAUUACUGUACUUAUUUGUGCCGCUCGAUUUCGCCGCUAUUGUAUUCAGAAUUGUACAUUAUACUUCGGUUCCUUUGUCCCCUCAAUCUUGUUCAUUGAUGACCACGAUUCUACGCGACUUGAACAAUCUGCGAGUUUUACCUCGAAUAGUUCCUCUCAACUACACGUCUUAAGCUGGACCAAUUCACGCAAUCGAAUUUUAUACCACGAGAACGGCGCACCGUUGCCGCAAUGGGGAGAAGAAAGAUUGAGAUCAAGGCUAUCAAGGAUGAUAGGAACCGUUCAGUGACCUUUUUGAAGCGCAAAGGAGGCCUGUUCAAGAAGGCGCAUGAGCUUUCCGUUCUCUGUAACGUCGAUGUCGCGGUUAUAAUAUUUGGUAGCAAUAAGAAAUUAUACGAAUAUUCUAGUGGUGAUAUUGGGGAGUUCAUGACAAGAUAUCAAUACUAUGGAGGAGCCAACGAACACAAAGGUCCUGCCGACUAUUCGGGCAAAGGAAAGGGGAUGGAUGAUGACGACGAUGACGACGAUGGAUCUCCUCCUUCCCAUCACGGAUCAGUUGAACCAAUGAUGCCUCCUCAAUUUCAACACCAACCGUAUCAACAUAUCCGCCACCAUACUCCAUCCGCCUCUCCUCCGAUUCCAAAUGGUGUCUUUCCGCAUCUUCAACAGCAACAACGACAACAUACGCCACAACCUGGAAUGGGAUCUCGUCCAUCGUCUAGAAACGCUCCACGAAGGCAAAGCUCCCUGGUACCGCAGCAUCCUCAUGGCCCUCCUACCAAUGGACAAUUUGUGUAUGCGCCAAAUCCAUCACCCUACAACCCUCAAAUGACACCUGGUCUGCCACCACACGCGCAUGGGCUUCCGCAGCACAUACAAGGCCCCCCGCAAGGAAUUCCCCAUCCGCACCAAAGUCCCGGACCACAAUACACACACUUUGCACCACAGCAGCACCAGCAGCACCUCUCUCAACACCCUCAACAGCAUAUGCAACAUCAUCCACAACAUCCCCCGCAGCAUCCUCAACAGCACCCCCAGCAACAUCCUCAACAGCUACACCCUCAACAGCAUCCACAGCAUCCACAGCAAUUACCUCAACAUCCUCAUCCACAGCAAGUACAGCAGCUAUAUGUGGAGGAGCAAAGAAGAACUUCGGUACCGCCACCCUUUCCACCACAAGAACGACCUGCAUCCUCCCGCGCAACUACUUCUCCUCCACAACCGCAACAACAGCAAAUGCCGCAACCUCCACCGCAAUCGCAGCCACCUCAACCGUCACCAGAACAGCAGCAAGCACAAUCGCAAUCACAAAUGCCAGAGCCGGUGAAGCGGUUAGUUGUAAAAUCUAGAAGUAUUUUUACGCCAAUUGAUGAAAGCCGAUCGAUCCUGUCCCAGCACUGGGCAAGUUCAACUUCCAAUACUGAUACUGUAAAGGAGGAACCCAGUGAUCGAUCUCAAUCCGUAGAUGUUACAGUAAGUCGUAUAAAGCCACCUUCGCCGCCUCAGAGAUCACAAACGCAUAACAAAAAUCGGAACAUAUCCAUGUCAUCCUUACCAGACGGGUUCACACCACCAUCUCGUACGAACAGUGCUCAACUAAGUGUUGGUGGUGGUAAACGGCCUAUAUUGAAAGUGCAGAUUCCGGAAGAGGCAUCGGAUAACGGUGGAUCUGCCACCGCGGAAGACCUCUCAUCUCCACGAUCUGCGAGUGCCGCCAAUCCCCAGGCGCGUCGCAAUGGUGGUGAUCAUGGCGGAAUGGUACUACCACCACCUUCGCCUUCCGCCUCGGCUCUAUUGUCAGCCGGCGCAUCGGGGCCACCUAAUCCUUUUGCACGACCGCAUCCUGUUACACAACCUUCUCAAGGAUCCAAUGCAAGUGGAAAUAACAAUAACUCGAAUAACAAUAUAAUAGAAAACGUGACACCGGUCUCAGCUCUUCCAUCGCGAUUCAUGAACAACGAAUUCCUGCCCAGUCCUUCGUCAUUCUUUGGAAACCCCAGUUGGGAUUACGGUAGAGGUGGUGACUCGAACACAUUACCCAGCCCUCUAAAUUUUGCAACUCCUGUUGUGGGCACAGGUCCAAGUUUUCUAAGAGACGAUAAUGGUGAAAGGGGCGGUAAACGAAAGACCCCCGAUCAAGAUGAGCAUCUAGAAGGUGGAGAUCAAAAGAGAGCGAAACAUGAAGGAUAACAUGGGCCCCCUUCAAAGCAAGGGUUUGGAGCAUGAAUUGCUAUGGAUAUGAACUUCACGAAAAUGGGCAUUUGGUUGUGGGAAAGCUUAAAAAAAAGAUAAUGUCUUUCUUCUUGGCGGAACAGAACUCGUCUUGAAUUUCUUGAAAAGGGCCUCUUGCAUUAUAUUUUGGGAAAGGCGUUCUUUUUUUUCUGUGAUACACUUUUUAUGUCCUUUGUUUUAUUUUACCUUUUUACUUAUUCACACAUGAGAAGAUUCUAUCAUUUUCUAUUCAUGCGUUCUUACCACAACCAUUGUUCCAUUCAAGAGGCUUUCAAAAAUCACUUGCGUAUACAACACGAGAUUUGAUUUCUGACUUUGAUCGUGAGAUGGCACUGGAUUGCAGGUUAGCAUUCUGCUCCUUUGUAAAUACCCUUGGAAUUUGUGGAGGGGGGGGGGGGCAUUCUUUGCGUGGUGGACUUUUUCUCUCUUUUUUAUUCAUCUGUUUUAGUUGGGGGUUGUACUUAGAGAACAAAGGAUGAUUUGUGAAGAAGUAGCUAAAUUUGGGUUUAUGUUGUUGGGUGAGAGAUGGAGAUGUACGAGUUUGUAGUAGAAAAGUAAGAUAGUCGAGAUUACGGUUUAGGUGGGAAAGAUAAAUGAGAAGACAAUUGAUCA